ACCCGGCGGAGCCGAACGGCGCGCCGAGGCUACAAGUGCCGGGGCUGGUGAUUGGGAGACUUACCCGAGGAGCCGCGCCGGGCGAAGCGCGCGGUGCUCGAGCCGCGCCGGGUAACGGAGGCAGGAGGAGGAACUGGGGUUGAGGCACUGAUAGCCUUGGCUACAAAGGGAAAUGGAGACCUCAGGAACAGCUCUCCUGGUGCAUUGCAGCCUUUGCUUCUGUUGGGUUCUUGUCUGAAUGUGUCGCUCUUGCCAGAAUUUCCGGAAGCUGCUGGGGCAUAUCUGACCAGCCCUGAUGGAGCUCCAACACCUUGAUAAGAAGAAUAGCCAGGCAGAGUGGUGUGGUGCUGUGGACUGGGGUUCUGGAGGGCCUCCUAGUGACCAGGCAGAUGUAGCAGCCAGCAGAGCUGCUCUCUGCUGCCAGAGACACUGCAUGUUCACACCCAGGGCAGUAGAGAUGGAAGGCUUUAAAGAUAAUCUUUCUCCAGCAUUACCCUCUUCCUCUUUUCAAGACAGUGUUAUUUGGCCAGACUCCUUCCCAUCAGGACCACUAAACUCAGGGAACCAAAUAACAGCAGAACGGAAAGUCUGCAACUGUUGCAGUCAGGAAUUAGAAACUUCUUUUACCUAUGUGGAUGAGAAUAUCAACUUGGAGCAGUGGAACCAGAGCUCCCCUUCCACGAAAGGGAAUAAUCAGCCAGGAGAUCUUGGCUGGGGAAAUCCAAAUGAGUGGUCCCACGAGGCUGCCAUGUCCUUGAUAUCCGAAGAUGAAGAUGAUACCAGUUCUGAAGCCACAUCUUCAGAGAAGUCAGUAGACUAUGGUUUCAUCAGCGCCAUCUUGUUCUUGGUCACUGGAAUUUUGCUGGUGAUCAUCUCUUACAUUGUCCCACGGGAAGUCACAGUGGAUCCCAAUACUGUGGCAGCCCGGGAGAUGGAACGUCUAGAGAAGGAGAGUGCGAGGUUGGGGGCUCACCUGGACCGAUGUGUGAUUGCUGGACUCUGCCUCCUCACUCUUGGGGGCGUCGUUCUCUCCUGUUUGCUAAUGAUGUCUAUGUGGAAGGGGGAGCUCUAUCGGCGAAACAGGUUUGCCUCUUCCAAAGAGUCCGCAAAACUGUAUGGUUCUUUCAACUUCAGGAUGAAAACCAGCACUAAUGAAAACACACUGGAACUGUCCUUGGUAGAGGAAGAUGCUCUCACCAUACAACGUUAAUUCUGGUUGUACAUGUCUUGAGUCUGCCUUGGCAUUUUAUAUGAAAUGAAAACCAAAACCCAAAAACAUUUCUUAAAAUUAACAGUGCAAUUUAUUUACCUGGCAAGAAAAGUUUAUUUCCGAAACCAAUUGCCAAUGAGUGUUUUUGUUCUCUGUGUAUCUUUCAUUUAGAGAAAAGCCGUGUAAGAUGAAUAAGAAAUCACAAUCAGCUACACUUUUCCUUCUAAAAAACUGACUAAUCCAUGAUGGCCAUCAGCUCCUACUUCUGUUGCAAAAUAUUUCUAAUGACUUGGUGUACAAAUGAUUUCUUUUACGUGAAUAUGGGAUAUUAUUCUUUGGAUACUAGGGGGGUCCUACACAUAGUAGGACAAAUUGGCAAUCCAUUUUGUGAAAAAGAACUUAAACAGUAAUCAAAUCAUAAGGCUUGCAUUUAAUUC